ACGAAAUCCGGUGAAGAAGGUGAAGUUUGCCUGUUCCUCAAACGGUGCCGUGUCUAUCGUUACGCAGACGAGGCAUGGAAAGAACGUGGAGUUGGUGAAAUGAAAGUAUUGGUUCAACCACAAGUAAUUCCUGAUGGCUACACUUCAGGCGGCCGUGAUGUGCUCCCCGCCAAUGUCAGCUUGAAUAACGUCCAACGUGCACGUUUGUUGAUGCGUCGUGAGCAAGUCCUAAAAAUUUGCGUGAAUCAACCAAUUGGAAUUGACAUUCCACACUUCACUCCAAUGGGCUCCGCUGACAACAGUAUGUGUUGGGUCGGUGAGGAUUAUAGUGAGGGUUCAGCCACUCAUGAGAAAUUGGCUAUUCGAUUUAAGAACGCGUCAGACGCCGAAGAAUUUCAAGCUGCUGUUCAACGCGCUCAAAACUAUCUUCGAAAUUCGAGCUGA